CAAAAUGUUGUUGAACAACUCUAAGAACACUAGAAGAAACAUUCUUCUUGGCUUGGCCUUGACUGCUGCCAUUCUUGUAUUGGUUUUUGUAGGUUCCACUGAAGCUGCCGCAGCUAGAAAAGCAACUGCAAGCAGACCAACUCCAAAAAAGACAACUAGCUCCACAACAGCUGGUAGAAAGCCUGCAGCUACUGCAACCCCAAAGAAGACAACUGCUUCAGCAACCAAUUCAAGAAAGCCUGCCUCAACUGCUUCUAAUAGAGCUAAUACUAGAGCAGGUGCCAAUUCAAGAAAUGGAAAUGCCAAACAACCUGCCACAACUGGUGGUCGUAGAAGAAAUGGAGCUGCAGCUGCUUCCAAAGGUGCUGCCAAUAGUGGUGGUGGUCUUUCAAAGUGGCUCAAUACUGCUAAGAAUGUCAUUAGUAAUAAUCCAGAUCUUGUCAAUCAAGCUAAGGAUUUUGCUCUUAAUAAGAUUACUGGUGCAGGAGGUGGUUCAUCUUCUAAUGAAAAUGGAGAAGAGCAACAACAACAACAACAAUCAUCUGCUUCUGAACAAUCAUCAAACAAUGGUAAUUCUCAAUCCGAACAAUCAUCUGCUUCUGCUGAACAAUCCAAUGCUGCUGCUGCCUCUGAACAAUCAAACAAUGGUAAUUCUCAAUCUUCUUCAUCUUCAUCUUCUUCUGCAAAUGGUGCUGCUGAACAAUCAAAUGCUGGUAAUAGCAAUAAUAAUAAUAAUAAUAAUAAUGGUGGAAGUGAAUCAAAUUCUCAAGUUGCAGUCAGUGGAAAUCAAGGUAGAGGAAAGCAAUCAAGAAAGUUCAGAAAUGGAUCUGUCAAAGUUAGAGGUGGAAGAAAUGGUGCUCCAAUUAUUCUCAAGCUCAAGAUUUAUGCUUAAUUGUUGUAAACUUGACAGAAUGUGAACAUUCAUGAUCAAAAAAACCUUGUAAAAUAAAACUUUGAUCUCUCUU